GCCCCACAAAAUCCCCCCUUUUCAUUACACUUACUACAAACACAUACAUGUGUAUAAUAGGUCAAAUUUACAUGAUUCCUAUCAAAAAAAAUUUUAAAAAAUAUCAAACGUUUUUAGAAUAAAGGUACAAUCUUUUUAAGUAUGUGAACAAUGCUAACUCGGCAUUUGAGGAUUUUCCUGCACACACAUAUGGGUACUUAUAAACCCUUUGGCACAGAAGAUUCAAGACACCAGAUGUUCCGACCAGUGUAACCAGAAAUGCUCCUGAGUUCUGCAAUGUCUACAUAGUGGCCAAGGGUAAACUUGCUUCCUCAAGGACCGCCAGUAUCGCUACCCCCACGGUGUCUUCCCGUAGCACAACAAGUUCUGGUUUCUCCGAUCCUCGCCUCAUGCAUAGUAAUGAGAGCCUAGGGAAUGCUUCAGAGAGAUCAUCACCAUUUUCGCAUAGAAGCACAGAGGAUAAUGAUUUCAUCAAAUCUCCAUUCUCUAGAGGCCAGUACUCAAACAGAUCAUACGGGGAACUUUCUAUACCAGACUCUUCUGACAUAUCAUUCGUUAGUUCGGGUAGGCCUAGCACAGAGCGCAUGUUUCCAAUGCUCUCUGACAGUCAAGAAUCCAGUAUCCUCCAUCGCCUUUCCAAUGGCUCUGACACAGACAACAGGUUGAGUUUUGGGUCAGCACUUUCUGGACCCAGGCUAUCUGACAUGAACUAUAACCCUUCAAACAUCUUAUCAUCACUCUCUCAAGAAAGUGGAGGAUCUUGGUCUUCAUCAUCCCAGACCGUGGAUGAUGUAGAGGCCGAAAUGAGAAGGCUAAAGCAGGAACUCAAGCAAACAAUGGACAUGUAUAGCACAGCCUGCAAGGAAGCACUCUCAGCAAAACAGAAGGCUCUAGAACUCCAUCGUUGGAAAAUGGAAGAGCAGCAGAAGCUAGAAGAGGCUCGGCUGUCGGAGGAAACAGCAUUGGCCAUGGCAGAGAAAGAGAAAGCCAAGUGCAGGGCCGCACUAGAAGCAGCCGAGGCAGCUCAGAGACUCGCUGAAUUAGAAGCACAAAAGAGGAUAAGUGCUGAGAUGAAAGCUCUCCGGGAAGCGGAUGAGAAGAAGAAGGUCUUAGACAAAAUCGCCCACAACGAAUGCCGUUAUCGCAAGUAUUCAAUCGAGGACAUCGAAUCCGCAACUGAAAAUUUCUCCGCCUCCCGAAAAAUUGGGGAAGGCGGUUACGGACCUGUAUACAGAGCUCACCUCGAUCACACUGAGGUCGCAAUUAAGGUCCUACGACCAGACGCCGCCCAGGGGAGGUCUCAAUUCCAGCAAGAGGUUGAAGUUUUGAGCUGUAUUAGACAUCCGAACAUGGUUCUCCUUCUCGGAGCUUGCCCGGAGUACGGUUGCUUGGUGUAUGAGUACAUGGCGAAUGGGAGCUUAGAGGACCGUCUCUUCUCCCGCGGCAGUACUCCUGUUCUUCCUUGGCAGGUCAGGUUCCGGAUAGCGGCGGAGAUCGGCACCGGGCUUCUCUUCCUCCACCAAACGAAGCCGGAGCCACUGGUCCACCGUGACCUGAAACCGGCCAACAUUUUACUCGACCGGAACUACGUCAGCAAAAUCAGUGAUGUAGGUUUAGCCAGGCUAGUGCCUCCCAAUGUGGCUGACAGCGUGACACAGUAUCGGAUGACAUCGGCGGCCGGAACGUUCUGCUACAUAGAUCCAGAGUAUCAACAGACGGGGAUGCUGGGGAUAAAAUCCGACGUCUACUCACUGGGAAUCAUGCUGCUUCAGAUAAUCACAGCAAAACCUCCGAUGGGGUUAACUCAUAACGUGGAAAGGGCGAUCGAGAAAGGAACAUUUGCUGAGAUGCUUGAUCCGGCGGUGCCUGACUGGCCGAUUGAGGAGACGAUGAGGUUUGCGAAGUUGGCUCUCAAGUGCGCGGAGCUCAGGCGCAAAGACCGGCCAGAUCUCGGCACCGACGUAUUGCCGGAGCUUAACAGGCUAAGAGCAUUGUCGGAGGAAACGAUGCCGUCCAUACCGUAUUGCCCUUCAAAUCCUCAAAAUCGGUCCGGCUUUCAGAGAAGAUAGUUGAUCCAUUGUUAACCAAGGAAUGCAACUUUUGAAAGUGUACAAAUCCCUAUACAAACCAGGGUUGGAACUCUAACAAAUCAAAAUUCUACAAUCUUGAACUGAACUCUAUGUCAUGUGACCAAAGUUUUUUCAUUUUUCCUCUUUUUCUUUGUUUUCCCCUUUUUCUUUGUCAUAAAGUUGUAUACCAAUUUUACCAUAAAAAGAAAGUUGUAUACCAAUUUUAUUUUAAACUUUAAUACCAGAGCUUUGGUGAAUUU